AGGUUCUUUCCUUGACGUAGGCCUCAGCUGGCCCAGCUACGUUUCUAUUGACUCUCGAGGCGCUGCCAAAUGGGCGGAGCCUCUGGGCAUCCCGGAGCUGGUGCCUAGCAACAACUGAGGCCGAGAAUCAGGGAGUUAGCUCAACCCAGAGGUCAGCCUGGAAACCCGUCAUGACGGAUAGCAGCACCGAGGAGUCUGUCAAUGUCCAAACACAGAAAAUCCCAAAGCUACAGGUCCCUGAGACCCGAGAGACGACCCUGCAACGCAUCUUUGGGACCAGCCAGGUGUUCUACAGCGUUAGUGGUGUGGUGAAACCAAGGUUGACAGAGUCAACAGUGCCUUUCAGAGUCAGAGAGUACUAUCACCAAGGCCAUCACUGCUUAGAACAAGAGGACUGGGAGAUGGCUGUGCUUUACUUCUCCCGUGCUCUCCACCUGAACCCCGACCAGGUUGAGUUCUAUAUUUUCCGUGCUGAGGCUUUCAUCCAGCUCUGCGACUUCUCCUCUGCCCUGCAGAACCUGCGCAGGGCCUACUCCUAUGAGCCAGAGAAUAGCAAAUACCUGGAGCGGCUGGCCUUUGUGCUCUACCUUCAGGGCCAGUGCCUGUAUGAGCUGUGUGACUUCCAGGAAGCCCUGUAUGUCUUCUUGCAAGCCUCCGAUCUCCAGCCCCAGAACCCUUCCUUCAGUUACCGCUGCAUGGCCUGCCUGCUCGCUCUCAAUCGGCAUCAGGACUGCCUCUCCCUCGUCACCAGAGAGGUAAAGCAAGGCAGGGCCACUGCUGAUGUCUACAUCCUCCGGGCUCGUAUCUACAACUUCUUCCAGAAGCCCAAGCUCUGCUAUCAGGACCUUCGAAGCGCCUUGCUCUUCAAUCCCAAGCACCCACAGGCCAAAGGGCUGCUCCAGGUGAUGGUGGACCAGGCCAAGAAGUCCCUCCAAGACGCCAGCAUCCUGGCCGUGCAGGGAAAACUGCAUCGCGCACUGAAACGUAUCAGCUGUGCCAUUGAGAACAACCCCCUGGACCCCAAUCUCUUCCUCUUCCGGGGUACCUUGCACAGACGGCUCCAGCAAUUUGACCCAGCUGUGGAAGACUUCCUGAAGGCAAUGGACAUGGUGACUGACAGCCAGGACAACCUGGUGCAGAAGACACAGCGCCAGCUGCUACUGACCUACAAUGACUUUGCUGUGCACUGCUACACCCAAGGCGCCUAUCAGGAGGGUGUGCUGCUGCUGAACAAGGCAAUCAGGGACGAGCAAAACGAGAAGGGCCUGUACAUCAACCGUGGGGAUUGCUUCUUCCAGCUGGGCAACCUGGCCUUCGCAGAGGCAGACUACAAGCAGGCGCUGGAACUGUGCCCGAAGGAUGAGGGAGCCAACCUACGCAUGGGUGUGCUGCAGGAGAAGAUGGGGCUCUGUGAGCAGACGCGAAGGCAGUUCCAGAAAGCAGAGGACCACUUCUCAGCAGCCAUAAAGUACAACCCUGUGAACGCCCAGUACUACCUGCACCGGGCCAAGAACAGACAGCUCCUGCAGAACAUUGUGGGGGCCUGCCAGGAUAUUGCCACUGUGCUGCUCCUGAACCCCAAGUAUCCAAAGAUGGCCCCACUGAUGGCCAAACUCUUUCCUGGUAUGUCUGUGGAGGAAGUGCUUAAUAGCCACGUGGCCCAACUGGCCAAGCUCCAGCUAAGGCGGAUGAUAGAAAGUGGUCCGAAGGCCAGCCACCCACAAAGCAUUGUGGCGAAGAGGUUAAUUGAGCGCCAGAAAGCCCAAGCCUUGAUGGAGUCCUGGAAUUGGGAGCAGCUUUUCACUAGGAACCCAGAAGAGGAAGUAGCUCCUUCCGAGAGCCUGCAAGGAAAGACCCUGAGAGAGAAGAUUGAAUUCAAGAGAGAGGUAGUAGAGGAGAAAAAGGUGAAGAUCCUCCGAAAGGUGACAUCCCUGUCAGACAGCUACGUGGACCAGACCUCCUCAGGCUCAGAAUUCAGCAUCCUGAGCCCGAGCACCUUAGAAACGGAGGUGUCAACCAUGGAGUAUAAGAGCACUUCCAACACUGCUGCAUCAUCAGCUGAACGCUUACUGCCUCAAUACUUAGUCACCACGAAGUACAAAGAGAGCCUAGGCCUGAGCAUGGCCCCCAAUGUCACCCAGGUCUCUGAAGACCUACACAAGAGCUUGACUGAGAACAUACCUGAUGAUGGUCCAAGACACCACUCCAGCAAGGCAGAGGCCACCCAAAGACCAAAGCCCAGGAAGACAGAGCCUUCUCAAAGCCUAGGAAAACAGAGACCCAGCCAGAGACCUAGCAUAACAGAAGCCACUAAGGGCCCAAAACCUAGGAAGAACAGGCCUGCCCUGAGCCCAAGGCAGAGGCUCAGAAGAGCCAAGGCUGUUCAAGCCCAGAACUGGAAACCCAGGACCAAUAGCAACAGCCAGAAGACUUCCAGUCUGCUUUCCAAUAUUGCGGUCAUAAUCAGUAGUUCCAAUGAGGCCCAGGACCAGAGUCCAGUGCCCAGCAAGGCUGACGAUAUCUCAAGCUACAAUGACAGUACAGCAACAAGUUCCACCAAUACUGACUCCUUGAGGCUGAGCAUACAUCUCAGCAAACCCAAGUAUUCCAAGGACCAGAGCCCGAGCCACAAUAAGGAAGAGGUUUCACCCACCUCUAACAACUAUGCUGCUCCCUGAAAGGGCCAAUGAAGGCCUUGUUGAGGAGACAACAUUUUACCCAACACCCUAGCUUUCAGAAGAGCUGCCUCCUCCAAGGGCAACAAGCAACCCUGGUCAAUGUUCCAAUCCCAUGGCUAAGUUUAUUAUCCCUGUUCUCUUCCCGUACAAAAUUAAAAACUUUGAAAUCCAGGC